CCCGCCGGACGAAGAACCCCGAAGCAUCCUACGUUAUCGAGAUCGCCUAGCGCAACGCUUUAUCGGCCUUAAACCACUCCUCUCCGCAGCUAGUUAAUCUACGUUGUCAGUCUGUUAUCAUGGGUCUCACGUACUCUAUCGCUUCAAACGCCGGUCGCAUUCUUUUCCCAUGCUGUUGAUGCUUGCCCAUCCAUAGCACCACGCCGCAUCAGAUAUUUAGCCUGCAGGCCAACCAACACUGCAGCACUGUACCUGGAACUCCACCCAGCAGCCAACAAGCCUGAUUCUGCGCUCCAAGAAUAUAUUUCACCGGCAAGGUGUUCUUACUUGUGGUCCUCCAUACAUACGACACGGUGGUCGCUCGCACAGAAGAUAGGAGUGAUCAGCUCCAGUGGAUGACACUCUUCAACUUCUACAGACCCAGCCCAUGAUACCACAGAAGCCUGUAUAAGACCGUCUGACGACCAUGUCUCUCAACCGCAUCGGGAGCAUCGAGACGCUCACAGACCUGAAUGUACGUCGAGGAAGCGACGCAGGGACUCGGCCACGGCGUCUGAGCUUCAACCCCAUUCCACAAGAAUGGAGUUCUCCUCAACCAUCUCCCAAUAAGUCUACCGACCGGCAGGACUUCUUCGGGGAACAAGAGCACGGAGCUCUGGCUCCUCCUGAGGAGCGCAAGCCAGCCACGAAGCCAUUGGGCGAUGAGCCUGUGAGUGCAUUCGACGUCUCACCAUGGAUGAGAUAUUUACAAAUCGGGACGGUAGUCGUCUACUGUCUGUUCGCAGCUGGUGUCGUGUUUGGCUACGCUGCCAUCAAACCCGUGUUCAUACGCGAGGGCGCAUACAGCAACAUAUGCCCAGAGAGCGACGACGACACCUGCGUCGAGAUCCAUCUCAACCUCAUGUUCACGGUCGCAGCUGUUGGCACCAACCUCGCUGCUCUGCCCGUGGGGGCCAUUCUCGAUAACUUUGGACCACGCGUCUGCGGUAUCCUCGGCAGCGUGUUCUUGACACUUGGAGCCCUUCUGUUGGCGUAUGCACAAGAGCUGCCCUUUGACGCAUACCUACUUGGAUACCUGCUUCUUGCUCUUGGCGGUCCCUUCACCUUCAUAUCCUCCUUCCAGCUAUCCAAUGCUUUCCCUCGUCACUCGGGCCUCAUCCUUGCGCUACUGACAGGCGCUUUCGACUCGUCGAGCGCUGUCUUUUUGGUCUAUCGCAUCAUCUACAACGACACGGACGGGCAAUUCGACCAGCGACGGUUCUUCCUGGUAUAUCUGGUCGUCCCUGUGUUCAUCGUUAUUGUCCAGAUCCUGUAUAUGCCUGCCAAAUCAUACAAGACGGUGGGCGAACUGGUCGAUCAGGCGGAUGAGGCACAAGCGGCCAACAACAGUCAAACGCCGAGCACCUCCUUUGAUGACCAGGUGACGGAGGAGACCGCCCUGCUGCACAAUGAGCGCCGUCAGCUGCAGAUUGAGCAGCGCCAGGAGCGCGAGCAUAUCGUGGACGAGGUUGAAUCCCUGCUUGGCUCGGUCACAGCCGAUGACUUGGUCGAGGAGGAGCAACGCAAGAACACAACGUCGGGCGUGUGGGGUGUCAUGCAUGACAAGACUGUCUACGAGCAGAUCACAUCGCCUUGGUUCAUCCUGAUCUGUCUCUUCACCGUCAUCCAGAUGACGCGCAUCAACUACUUUGUGGCGACAAUCAGGCCGCAGUACAGACACUUGCUCGGCGAUGCGGACAGAGCGGCGGAGAUCAAUAACUUCUUCGAUAUCGCCCUCCCGGUGGGCGGCAUUUUUGCCAUUCCCUUUAUCGGCAUCAUCCUCGACCACACCAGCACAGUCGCCGUUCUGUCCGUCUUGGUGUCGAUUGCCAGUCUGAUUGGUGUUCUCGGUGUCCUUCCGUCCGCCUGGGCCGCGUAUGCCAACAUCGUCCUGUUUGUGCUAUAUCGGCCGUUCUAUUACACGGCGGUGUCGGAUUACAGCGCAAAGGUGUUCGGGUUCCGGACGUUUGGCACCGUCUACGGACUGAUCAUCUGUCUUUCCGGGUUACUGAAUCUGUCGCAGUCGGCGCUGGACUUGAUGUUCCACAAGACCUUCCAUGGGAACCCCGUACCAGUCAAUCUGAUGUUGCUGGCUGCUGGCAUGGCUGUGGGCCUGUCCUUGGUGGUGUUUGUCGCUGUGCAGGUGCGAAGAAGACAGUAGGAAAGCCUCUUCGAUGUCUAUGCAUAUGGGUGAACAUGAGUAUCAGACGUAAGGAGCAGAGUUGCCGCUCCGAUGGUGUUGCUGCCGUGCACAUGAU